AUGGAAAUGACCAGAGGGUUCCUCGCUAGUGCAUAUACCAGAUAUGAAGAGCUUAAAUCAGAGUUAGUUGGACUUGAGAGUGAGCUUAUCAAAUCCCGGGACGCAUUUCAUGAGACCUUAUCCCCCACAGACACAGACUUAUGGCGAGAGGCUCACAUGACACAUACUGAAAAGAAGGCUGAAUUGGCAAAGAGGCUUGACAAAAUAGAGAAUAUCUCAACUAGAUUGAAAAGCUUUGUGAAAACGACCAAAGAGCAGCAGCAGCCAGCAAUGCGGCUGUAUCAAAGCACAGUCACCCGUAAAGCUUCGAGUACUUCGGAAAAACAAAUUGGAGCAACUCUUUACUUCCGUCCGGAUACACGCCUGGAGUUACUUGCGACGAUACUAUGCUCCCGUUCCAACCUUCUUAUGGUUACUGAGAAUGCUUUGCUAGCUCAUUACCUUAAAUCCAAGGCCAGGGAGCCUCUAAGGGCUAGCCGCCCCAUAGACGAAUCUCUUUUUGGCACAAUCCGACAAACCAGAUUAAGUAAUCGAGUGGAUAAUACGGAGGUCUUGGUUGACUUUAUUUCACAAAGCGCUUCAAGAAAGGCGAAGGCCUCUAUGAAAAGUUGCCAAAACAAUAUAAAUGCUGCUAGAGCUGAAAGCCUUCCUGGUCCGGAGGUUGAUGCUAUAGUUAUAUUUGUAAAAAUGGUAGCUAUCUGGCGCCAACUUCCACGAGAUCCAAAUAGCUUCGAGAAAUUGAAUGAAGCUAUCAAAGAAGCAACCACAUAUCUAGAUGAAGCCGAUAAGGUUUGUGAGGGGCAGUUCACAGGAGUAGACGACAUGAAGGAAACGCUCGAGGUUGUUCGGAAACAACUGAGCGGCGGUACCUUUUAUCAAGACAUUACCGACCAAGAAAUGGAGACUGUGGUGAGAGCUAUGAAAGGAAGUCUGAGGUUUGAAUUUUCCACUGGCCGUUGGUACUAUUGUCAGAAUGGACACCCGUUCGCUGUGGGCGAUUGUGGGAGGCCGAUGGUAGAGGUCAAAUGCCCAGAAUGCAAUGCCCCAGUAGGAGGGACCGAUCAUAAUCCCGCUGCUGGUGUACGAAGCGCAGCCGAGCUUGACGCCAUUAUUGAGAGAGAAUAG